GGGGUUUGCCAGAGCAGCGCCGCGGGGGCCGAGAUGUCGUCUCGGCCGGGGCGCGAGAACGCGGGGGCUGGAGGCGCGCGGCGGCCGCGGGAGCCGCCGGAGCAGGAGCUGCAGCGGCGUCGGGAGCAGAAGCGGCGGCGGCACGACGCGCAGCAGCUGCAGCAGCUGAAGCACCUGGAGUCCUUUUAUGAAAAACCUCCUCCUGGGCUUAUCAAGGAAGAUGAGACUAAGCCAGAAGACUGCAUACCAGAUGUACCAGGCAAUGAACAUGCCAGGGAAUUUCUGGCUCACGCACCAACAAAAGGACUUUGGAUGCCACUGGGGAAAGAAGUCAAAGUUAUGCAGUGUUGGCGCUGUAAACGGUAUGGUCACCGAACUGGCGACAAAGAAUGUCCUUUCUUUAUCAAAGGCAACCAAAAGUUAGAGCAGUUCAGAGUGGCACAUGAAGAUCCCAUGUACGACAUCAUACGAGACAAUAAACGACAUGAAAAGGAUGUAAGGAUUCAGCAGUUAAAACAGUUACUGGAGGAUUCUACCUCGGAUGAAGAUGGGAGCAGCUCUAGUUCCUCUGAAGGUAAAGAGAAACACAAGAAAAGGAAGAGGAAAGAAAAGCAUAAGAAAAGGAAGAAGGAAAAGAAAAAGAAGAAAAAACGGAAGCACAAAUCUUCCAAGUCAAAUGAGAGUUCUGACUCGGAGUGACAAGAACGUGACUUGUUCAACAUUCUCUUCUCAAACACUGGCCGAGGAACAGAGGAAGAUGCAGUCGGAGAAAGGACCAGGAUAGAGACGCUGAGAGAAGAGGAUAUGUGAGUCACAGCAGUGAGCACCCACCCGCCUUCCAGUGAAGAUGUGACCCCAGGAGAGGGAGUGUCUCCUUCCAGGUGCUAGCUCUAGACAGUGGCUGAUUUUAGGCAGGAAAGUUUGUACAGUGUUGUCCUCCCUGCUGGUCACAUGCGUUUACGAUUCCUUUGAAAUGUCUUCCACAGGGUGGCAGGACUGAGGGAAUCUCUAAGGCAUGUCUUCCAGGCCCUGCCACAGUUUGUGCCCUCCACACUGUGGACUCAGUUCCCGUGGAUGUCAGGCUUGAGUUUUCUCUGUUGUUGAGAAUAAUAAAAGUUCAGUAUUUAUUUUUUAAA